AAUUUGCAGCCAGGGGAUGACAUUGUGCUGAUGGCAGAAGCUCUGGAGAAGCUUUUCCUGCAGAAGAUCUCGGAGAUGACGCCGGAGGAGACGGAAAUCGUCAUCGCCCAGACCAAGGGCCGGGGCCGCGCCCGCAAGGAACCAGUGCCAUCCAAGCCGGGCUCCUCGGCGGUGCCCAACGCCUCCCAGGCCUCCUCCCCGGCGCCGCCGGUGCCGCCGGUGCCGCCGGUGCCGGGCCUGGACGUGUUUGAGAUGCGCUUUGCCAAGAUGCCGGACGAGCCGGAGGAGCCGAUCCCAUUCCAGGACGUGUUCGAGAUGCGCUUUGCCAAGAUGCCGGACGAGCCGGAGGAGCCGGUGAUCCCCGCCUCGUCCCCGGUGGUGGUCCCGCCCCCCACCAAGGUGGCCCCGCCCUCGUCCAGCGACAGCAGCAGCGACAGCUCCUCCGACAGCGACAGCUCCUCCGACGACUCCGAGGAGGAGCGGGCGCAGCGCUUGGCCGAGCUCCAGGAGCAGGCUGGGUUUAGGCCUAAACCAGCACUUUUUAUUCCCGUGAGCAGCAAGAAGGAGCCGGCGCCGGUGAAGCCCAGCAAAGCCGCGCCCGCCUACGAGUCGGAGGAGGAGGAGAAGUGCAAGCCCAUGUCGUACGAGGAGAAGCGGCAGCUGAGCCUGGACAUCAACAAACUGCCCGGGGAGAAGCUGGGCCGCGUCGUGCACAUCAUCCAGUCCCGCGAGCCCUCGCUCAAGAACUCCAACCCCGACGAGAUCGAGAUCGACUUCGAGACGCUGAAGCCGUCGACGCUGCGCGAGCUCGAGCGUUACGUCACCUCCUGCCUGCGCAAGAAGAGGAAACCCCCAGGUACGGCCAAAGCCCAAAAUUUGGGGGUUUCAGCCCGAAUUUCCGGUGGUUUUAAUCCCGAGGGUUGAGGUUUUGGAGGCGUU